AUGGAAUGGGUGGUUCUGCCCAAUGGUGACGAACGCGACAUCGAGAUCAAGGACGCACUGUUCGUACCAAGUAUGAGCAAGAAUCUGCUUUUGGUACCACAGAUCAACAAGGGUGGCAGGUUCCAAGUCGUGUUCGAUGGGUCCAAGAUGCAAUUGAAGCGCAAGAAUUCCACACAAGUCGUGGCAACAGCGGAUCUCGUCGAUGGACUUUACUGGCUGCGGACUCCUCAACGAUCGGCAAAUGCAGCAACACGCAAUGGGACUAUCGACUUGCAUGCGCGCAUGGGUCAUGCACCCCUCGAAGUUCUGCGCAAGAUGGUGGCCACCGGCAUGAUCAAGGACGCCAAGGCACCUCUCAACUCGACUGGUCCAAGUGUGUGUCGCGGUUGCCAGCAAGGAAAGAUGGUCCAAAAACCAUUCCCAACCAACCGUGACAAACGCCAAUAUGGUGUGUUCGAGUUGCUGCACUUCGACAUCUGCGGGCCAAUGGAACAAGUCUCGAUCGGCGGCAGCAGAUACUUACUGCUUGUGGUUGACGAAGCCAGCGGUUGCAUGAAGGGCUUCUGUCUGCGGUCCAAGUCUGAGAGUGAAGACUGUAUCAAGAACCACAUUAUCAAGAUUCAAACUCAAUUCGGCACAAAGAUCAAGUUUGUUCGGCACGAUGGAGCGUAUGAGUUUGCGACCAACUCGAUCAAGACCUUCUACGAAGAUCAUGGUAUCGAACAACAGGUCACGGUGCCGUAUGCACACCAGAUCAACGGCACCGCAGAACGCGCGAUAAGGACCAUCGUCACGAUCGGACGCAGCUUGUUGCAUCAUGCAAAGCUGGAGAAGUGUUUAUGGGCUGAAGCGGCAAUGACGGCGAUCUACAUCAAGAACCGCCUGCCUUCACCCAAGAUCGACCACAAGACUCCGUUCGAGAUCGUGUACAAGUCGAAACCAAGUGUCAAGCACAUGCGCGUGUUUGGAUGUCGGGCGUUUAUCCUGACACCAAGGGAGAAGCGAUUGAAGUGGGACCCGAAGGCUCGUGAAGGGAUGUUCAUGGGCUACGAAGAAGCGUCAAAAGCUUAUCGAGUGUACGACAUUGAGGCGGACCAAGUGGUGAUCAGUCGUGACAUCACCUUCGACGAAUCGACUUUUGAUUUUUCGAUGGACCGACCAAUUGACGAUGAUGAAGAUGCGGAGUUGGACCUCGACCUCCUGGCGAUCAACGAGGACGACGUGCGUCAAACCGUCUACAAGCAGACUGACAAGCGCAAGAGUGAAGCAAGACCCGGCACGUCACGUUCAGCUCGCUUUCGAACUGGGUUGGAGCAAGCAAGUGCGCCGGAACACGUCUCCAACCGUCACCAGAAACGACGAUCAAGUUUUCCCGAAACGAUGUCUGAUGACGAAGAAGAUGCAAGCGUCUACGAUCAAGAUGACGACUCGACGCCUCCAACAUUUUGGCGUGCAAGUGCAAACGCAGUGGAAGCAACGGACCUAGCAGAACAUGUGACUUUUCAAGACGCGAUCAAUGGUCCUGAUCAAGCUCACUGGCGAAAUGCUGUGAAGGCGGAACUCAAGUCGAUGCAUCUUCGUGGAGUUUUCCGUGCGGCAAAACUGCCAAGAGGCCAAGGCGCGAUCGGCACCAAGUGGGUGUUCAAGAUCAAGCGCAAAGCGGAUGGAUCGGUCGAGAAAUACAAGGCGCGUCUCGUUGCCAAGGGCUUCAAGCAGAAGUACGGCAUCGACUACACAGAGACGUUUCGCCCGUGGUCAAGUACGUGA